UAUCUAUACUAUAUAAAUAAGCAAAAUAACACAACUGCUCCACUAACCCCCAAACCCAAACCAUAAAUCCCCUUUUUCCAAUGCUAUCCUGCGCCUUUUCCGGCCACCGCAAACCCAACCUCGCUCCAACUGCUACUCACGAGUUGAUUAUUGCAUAGUCAGUCAAUGAAUUCUAAUCUGGCUGGGGUGAUGGGGGGAGGCGGGCCGCAGUCUCAGCAAGUACCGGAGGCCGCCGAGGAGCAGUACGUCAGGGCGAAGACAUCGGUGUGGUGGGACAUCGAGAACUGUCACGUGCCGAAAACGUGCGAUCCCCACACCAUUGCGCAGAAUAUUAGCUCCGCCUUAAUCAAGAUGAAUUACUGUGGCCCCGUUUCCAUCUCCGCGUACGGUGACACCACUAGGAUCUCUGCCGCCGUUCAGCACGCGCUUAACAGCACCGGCGUCGCCCUUAAUCACGUCCCUGCUGGUGUGAAAGAUGCCAGUGACAAGAAGAUUCUGGUGGACAUGUUGUUUUGGGCGGUUGACAAUCCUGCCCCUGCCAAUUAUUUAUUGAUAUCUGGAGACCGAGAUUUCUCAAAUGCUCUCCACCAACUGCGCAUGCGUCGAUAUAAUAUUCUUCUAGCACAACCGCAAAAAGCUUCUGCACCACUUCUUGCUGCUGCAAAGAGUGUGUGGCUGUGGACAAGUCUAUCAGCUGGAGGGCCACCACUUACAAAUGUUGAGUAUACCCAGUUUGCAAAUAAUGGUUAUGGGUAUUCUUCAGGCACUGACUCACAGGUUACAGAAUCCAUUCACACAACCCAACCUGUGGAUUCUUUUCAUGAAAGUUUCCAUUUGGGAAAUCAGAAAUUUUCAAAUAUGGGGAGAGGAACUGACCUAAAAUAUAAGGGGAAACAAACCCGUAGAAAUUUCACUCAGCCUAGCAUGCCAAGAACCUCAAACGCCAUGGUUGGAUCUGAAGAAGAUUAUAACAAUGGCAACUUCCGUCCACCGGCAUAUGGAUACCCUAAGCCAUUCAAUGAUCCCCAGGAAUUAACUAGUAAUUAUAACCCAAAAGUUGCAACUACUGGAUCAGGAUUCACUUAUGCUCCUGGUAAUAUUGAUUCUACGUGGACCAAUACUAGUCACCCUCAUGGCUCUCAUCACAUUCACUAUUCUCAGUCAGUAAGGGCAAAUGGUCACUCUGUUGAACCAACAUUGCUGCCAGUUAGUUCUUCAUCAACCAAUCAGCUUUGGCGUCCUCCUGCUGUAAUGCCUCAUAGGCCUGAUUCUCCCAACUUUACCUCAGGUCCUUCAACAUAUGUACCUGAUAUUGGCAAUUUAAAUAUUUCUGAGUACCCCAGACAAGAUCGCAGCUCUCCUGCUCCCCAACCACGAAAUGGAGGAGAGAAAAGGCAAAACUCUAUUGAGUCUUCAAAUCGCGUUAGCUUUAGCAUUCCCCAAAAAGGAUAUAAUGCACAAAAGAAACCCUUUUAUCAAGAAGCACAGACCAGCAGAUUCUUCCAUGGUAGUCAAGAGAUUCCACCACAAUUGUCUUCUGCAGUUGGAACUGCCACCAUUGCUGUUAAUAGCGUGUCUGCAACACCAGGAUGUCCGAAACCUCCUGAAUAUGUACAAGGUCUUAUUGGGAUCAUUCUACUUGCUCUCAACACCCUUAAAAAUGAGAAGAUUGUGCCUACUGAGGAAAAUAUUACUGAUUGCAUUAAAUAUGGGGAUCCCAGGCAUCGUAGUACUGAUGUUAAGAAAGCUUUAGCAUAUGCUGUUGAACAGCAGUUGGUAGUACAGCAGCAGUUAGGUAACCUGCAGAUGUAUGUUGGGAAAAAUGAGAAACUGUGGCAGUGCGUGAACCCCUUGGCUGGUAAUAUAAAGCAGUACUCAAAAUCGACAUGGGAUGAAAUCCAGAGAUUUCUUUCAUCCUCUGCUGGACGAUCUGCAAUACUGGAUACUCAAUGCAGGUAUGAGGCAGCUACAAUUGUGAAAAAGAUGUGCUUAAAAGAGAUUUCUUUGGGUGAAAUUCUCCAGAUUUUACACAUGGUAAUUAACAUGAAAAAGUGGAUUAUCUGUAAUUAUCAGUCAGGAUGGCAACCAAUUAAGGUUACAAUUGCAGAGAUCAACCCUGAUCCAGGGUUGGCUGCUGCUACUUAAGCUCAUAAAAAAUCAUUUUAUGGGAGGAGAGAGGGGUAGAAGUUUGUGAUAUUUUGCUGCAUGCGAUGUGAAUUGGUUUGCAUCAGGGAUUGGUUAUAUAUGCCCCACUCUUCCCUUUGAAUUAUAGGCUGCAGAGUAAGCAGCCUGGGAUGAUAAAGUCGUAGGUAUUUUAGUUUCUUGUUGUAGUUCUCCUUUAAGAAAACUUUGAUAAGCCGAGAGAUUAAUUGGGGUUCGAUAAGCCGCCCAGACUGUAUAUUUGUUAGUUACCUGUUAGUGUGAUCUUCUAUAUACGGCGUAUACACCUUUUAUGAGGAAUGCAUUCGAUGAGUAGUCAGAUAUGCCGGGUAUAGCGUGGAAUAUUGAAAUUGGUUUCCAGUGGCAAUUUCUAGAUAAAUAUUUUAGAAGCAUUUGGGGUGAGUAUAGUUGCUUUUCUCAGUUUGACAUCUGAAUUUCUGAUAGAGAGCGUGAUGAUUAAAAUUUUCGCGAAAGUAUGUUGGGAACAUACUUAAUUGCCUAUGGAUCUUCGUGACACUAUUAUUGAAGAAAACCUGAGGGGAUAACUUUAUGCGCUGUUCCGCAAGAUAAUAUAUACAUGUUCAUCUUGUUUGGCUUGGAGCUCACAGAUUUAGGAAUCGUGAGGGAUUGAAAACUGUGUCAAGGUCUGGGAUGAAGAGAGCUCUGGUAAAUUCGUCACUUGAAUUAAGAUGUGGUUUACAAAAACUGGAAAUGGAUGACUGCAGUAACCCAGUGGACAGGUCGAACCUUGAAUAGAAAGAGAAGAAUUUAGUAUCAACCAAGCCAGACACAGCAAAAUAUUAUCUAGAACAUUCUAGUAUUAUGCCACUUUGUUCAACUUGGAAAAUUUUUCUGGCUGUGAUCUGUUCUGCACGGUGAAUCACAAAUUUAUCUGGCUUGGAUCUGUUUUUUCAUUAUGAGACUACGAAGGGGCUUCAAGAUCAAGCACUUUGUGUCUUUUCUGCACUGUUCAGAUAGUUCCGAUCUAUGUUGCUAUCAUGGAAUGAAACGAGAUGAUGGAUCAGGUAAACUUGAAAUUCUAAUUCUAGUUAUAUGUAAAUGAAGAUGAGUGUAUUCAGCUAUAAUAUUUUAUGCUUUCUCUUGACGACUCAUUAGACUAUGUAGCUAAGAUUCUAACCUUUGAGAUGCUCAUGUUGAGCGGAACUCUAUUUGUUAAAGUUCCAUGUUGCAAUCUAGUUUUAAAGGUUAAUACCAGUGCUAUUGCUUUUGCCUACGGCAACUCCUUUUGUGUUCGAACAUCAAUAUUAAACUGAUUGAAAUUAA